AUGCUGACGCUGAUAGGGGUUAUGUUCAACUAUGUAUUUUACUUCCUUCUUGGCUACUACACUCCCCACCUCACGGGCGUGGCUCCCGCGUGGGUCUAUUUCGUCUCUGCCUUCUGUAUCUUUGCCUAUCAAUCCCUCGACAACAUCGACGGUCGUCAGGCCCGACGAACGGGCUCCUCCUCUCCGCUUGGUGAGCUAUUCGACCACGUGUGUGAUGCCGCCAGUUGUCCACUCGGCCCGUGGUAUGGCUACGCUACGCUGCUUGCCAUCUGCCUGCCCUUCUACUUCGCCCACUGGGAAGAGUACUAUUCCGGGUCGCUCGUCUUGGGCAAGUGGAACGGUCCCACCGAAGCUCAGGUCCUGAGCAUGGCGGUCUACGUCGGAACCGGCAUUGCUCGGUGCUACGACUUUGAUUUCUGGUCGAUCAACCUCUUCGGGGAGAUCAGCAUCGGCAAAGCCCUGGCUAUCAGCUUCUACAUCGGCGCCGUGCUCACCUGUGCCACCCACCCUGACCGGUCUGGGUUGUCUGCCGACAGCAUCGGUAAGGUGGUCGGAAUGCUUAAGCACCGACCCGGCGCUAUCAUCAAGGCGCUUCUCCAGCUCACGCCCAUUACCGUCGUCGUCGGCCUCGGCAGCCUGUGGAUCGGCCUCUCCUGGGAGCUGUUCGUCGCCCACCCGCGCACGAUCAUGAUGUCCUGCGCCAUGGCCUUUGUCUACCUCGUGACUCGUCUGAUCGUCCAGCGCAUCUGCUCUGAGCCGAUCCGUAUCUUCUACGUGAUCGAGGCCCCCUUCUUUGUUUUGUCGUUCAACGCGGUUUGGACGCGCUGGUUCAUGAUGACCCCGCUUGUCGAGGAGGAGGUGCUGAUGUGGCUGUUCCUCGUGUACUCGGUGAGCAACGUGGUCUUCCUCGGCUAUUCCCUCAUCAGGCAGCUCUGCGCGCACCUGAAGAUCAACGCCUUCACCAUCCCCUAUCCCUCGUCCUCGGCCGCCAGCAAGAAGAGACUCCCCGCCAAGCGGGACUAG